AUGGCUACCACCAAAUCCGACACCCAGCUCGCCGCCCUUGCUGCAGGAUUCACCAUCGGCUUCGGUUUCUUGACAGUAUGGGAAGCCAUCAAGCAGACACGCCGCAACAAGAACCCACUGCGCAGCACAUAUAUCUACAUGCUGUGGGGUGAGGUUGUCGCAAACAUCGUUAUCGCGAUCAUAGGAUGGGUAUUUCUAGACGGGUAUAUUGGGCCAACAGUUCCAACAUUGUUCUUCAUCCUGUUUUGUUGGGUGUUUGAAAUCCAGCUGUUGAUGCAGAUUAUCAUCAACCGGAUCGCGCUGAUUGCAGAGCAUCGACGCACUGUGUGGAGGAUCAAAUGGGGCACUGUCAUCGUCAUCACAACUAUCAACAUUUUGGUGAUGGUCAUAUGGAUCCCGGCACAUCUUGAUCCCCCUCCGUCGCAGAUUUUCGUCCAGAUCAACCAAGUUUGGGAUAAGAUUUCGAAAGUCAUCAUCUUGAUCGUGGAUGCUGGGCUCAACUGGUACUUCCUACGAACCGUUAAGCAGCGCCUUGUUCAGCAACAUGGUCUGGUGAAAUAUGCACCGCUGGUCAAGUUCAACGCGAGGCUGAUGGUUCUAUCCAUUGCUAUGGAUGGAAUGCUCAUCGGUCUAAUGUUCCUCAAAAACCAAAUCGUGUACAUCCAAUUCCACCCGGUAACAUACAUGGUGAAGCUCAAUAUCGAGAUGACUAUGGCCUCACUGGUCGUCCGUCUAGCGAAGGGCCAGUCCGAAAACGACAUGGCCAUGCACGACUUCGGACAGUCAUCCUCAGCGCCUGAUAAAUCGCAAUCGCACAACAACCCGCGAUUCUCCUCAAACCCUCAGCGAUCCUUCCACCUCGCGUCGGCGACUGGUGCCAACCCGGGACACACCAAGGCUGAUUCUGAUGAGGACAUCAGGGGAAUACACUUCAGAACUGACUUCCAUGUUGUGAGCGAAGAGAUAGUGGUCAAAGACAGCAGCUCCAAGCGGAGUUCAAAGAGCUCGGGUGAAAUGCCAAGAAGCAAUUUUGGAGAUGAGACGCCGCUGCACAAGAACCACUUCGAAGUCUCUUCGAACCAGGUGUAG